AGUUUUCUGGUGACAAAAUCAGUUGGCCUGGAGAUUAGUAGUGGCUAAACAUGUCAUCGCAGGCUGAGGAAGAUCGCUAGUGAAACUAUUUAUUCAUCUGGGCACAAGUAGCGCGAGAGGUCAGCGCGCCUGGUUUGAAAUCUCUACCUGUCUUUGUGGUGCUGGUGCCUGUGCUGGAGUCAUUGUGAGCCAGCUUACAAGCGCGAUCAGCUGGUUCGGAGAACUUGGUGGAGCGGAAAAAAAGGAAAUCGCGAAGCAGAAGUGCUGAUCUCCUUUGCUUGUGUCGUCGUCGUCGUUGCAGGCCGCUAGCCGCGGUGCUGUUGGGUGCGCUAUGUCGGCGUUUGUGCGCGUGAAGCUACUGCAGGUGACGGAGUUGCGUAGCCCUACGUUCGAGCCGAAAUGUGCUGUGAACGUGAAAGAAGUGGUGCAAUCGACUGAGAGUGAUGCCAGAGUUGUGCAGAAGAAGAAGACGUUUUAUCCCGAGUGGGGAAAGUGCUUCGAUUCUCAUGUCAUUGAGGGUCGCAGGUUACAGAUAAUGGUGAUGGAUCGGGGAGAUACGAUUCUUGGCGAGGUGGCUGUGGAGAAUCAAGCCAUAGCGGACCAGUGCAAGCUGAUGGGUGCGUGUGUUGCCAAAAUGUCGCUUGAUCUACGACCGUCUGGCAAGCUGAUCAUCCAAGCCAAACUCUACACAGGCAGAGAUGCAGCAAAGAAAGGAGGCGACACGCCCGGAUCCUCUCCAGGUCCUUCCCGCGCUGCAUCGUCCAACAUGACAAUCAACACGGUGGGAAUAGCGCAGCGACCGAAACCGUCGUCAUCGCCCGCGUCAGGCAACUCGUCACCCCAGUCCAAUGGUAGGCCACCGGCAGCCAAGUCACGCGCGAUCAUGCAGUCGCCCAGCGCUCUCGGCAAUCACACGCAGGGAGGCCAGACGUCGUCGUCGCACUCGCCUUCGGCCCUGCACCUCUCCGGGGUGAACGGACACCACCACAACGCCAUUGGAUCGACGUCGUCCGGAUCGUCAAUAGCAACCACAUCCCCCGUAACGCCGCACAGUGUAUCGACUGCGUCAUCACGCCAAUCACUACUGCCAAACUCUAGCUCGCGCGGUGAGGAGUUUGCGGUCUGUAUGGAGGACAGCAAUGAAGCAGUGACCAAAGACCUCACCAUGCUAACAGGCCGACGUGGAGCCAUUCGCCACAAGAAAUGCCACGUCGUCAACGGGCACAAGUACAAGGCGAGGUUCUUCCGGCAACCAACGUUCUGUGCCUUCUGCCGGGAGUUCCUGUGGGGGUUUGGCAAGCAAGGCUACCAAUGCGAGACCUGCGCUCAAGUGGUGCAUAAGAAAUGUCAUGAGCUGGUAUUAGGCAAGUGUCCAGGGAAGAAUGGAGACGCUCCGAAGAGUCUGGCGGACAGACGUGAACAUGGACACAGCAGAGAUAAUAAAUCCGAGGAUGAAAUGAACCGCUUCAGUAUUGAUGUGCCGCACCGGUUCAAGAUCAAUAAUUACUUACAUCCGACAUUCUGUGACCAUUGCGGCUCUUUGCUGUACGGGCUGUUCCGACAAGGCUACAAAUGUGACACUUGCGGCACAAACUGUCACAAGCGCUGCCGUGACCUGAUGCCUAACCUGUGUGGUGUGAACGAGAAGCUCAUGGCCGAGGUUCUGACGCAGGUCAAGAGGGACAAGGAGCAGGGCGGUACGCGCAACGGGGCGCGGAUAAACCGGCAAACGUCGGCCCCGGAGAACAACGGAUGCUUGCCACACUCGCCCCAGUCGGCUGUCAGUCAAGCUAGCAGUAGUCUGCACGCCAGCCGCAGCCUCAGUGCCAAUCCAAACAUGAGCUCAUCGUACCGAGGCAAGCGGCACUCUCUCGCAGAUUUCAAUCUUCUGAAGGUCCUGGGCAAGGGUAGCUUCGGAAAGGUGCUUUUGGCCGAACUGAAGUCUAAGCGCGAGUACUUUGCAAUCAAGGUAUUGAAGAAGGAUACUGUGCUGGAGGAUGACGACGUCGACUGUACCAUGACAGAGAAACGAGUGCUGGCGCUCAGCUGUCAACAUCCCUUCCUCACACACCUGCACUCCUGCUUUCAGACUGAGGCUCACUUGUUCUUCGUCAUGGAGUUUAUCAAUGGCGGAGACCUCAUGUACCAUAUCCAACAAGCUGGUCGCUUUGAUGAAGAACGAACAAGAUUCUACGUAGCAGAGAUCACGUGUGGUCUACAGUUCCUACACACGAAGGGUGUGAUAUACCGUGAUUUGAAGCUUGACAACGUGAUGCUGGACAGCGAUGGCCACAUCAAGAUUACCGACUUUGGAAUGUGCAAAGAGGAUCUAUUCGACGGCCGCCAAACCAGCACAUUCUGCGGCACACCCGAUUACAUCGCUCCAGAGAUUAUCGACGGAGCACGUUAUGGUUUCUCAGUUGACUGGUGGUCACUCGGUGUUCUGUGUUAUGAAAUGCUGCUGGGACAGUCCCCGUUUAGCGGCGAAGAUGAAGACGACCUCUUCGACUCUAUCCAGCAUGAUGAUGUAGUGUAUCCUAAAUGGCUGCCCAAGCAAGCGUCUGCGUUCAUCAGUCGGCUACUGGUGCGAGACCCAACGAAGCGUCUUGGAUGCCAAUCUGAGCUGGAUAUCCGCCGGGAUGAUUUCUUUGCACGUAUCGACUGGACUAAGCUGGAGAAGAGGCAAAUCAGUCCGCCAUACAAACCCAAUGUGCAAUCAGCGUUUGACGCUAACAAUUUUGAUGUUGACUUCACCAUGGAGCCUGCAGUGAUAACCCCUGUUAACAAGGAACUCGUUUUGUCCAUUGACCAAGAGCAGUUUCACGGCUUCUCCUACAUCAGCUCAGACUUCAGAUCAUCAGCUAGGUCUUGAAGAGGACUGUUUGUCGUUUCGUAGCUCUUUUAUAGUGUGUCAAAUAUGAGCCAGACUUGAAGACUUUCCGAAGAAUGGCUGUUUUCGCUUUUGGAACUUGAGCAAUUUUUUCAGUACAUGUCGAGAGAUGCACUUAGGUGAUACUGUACCUGCUGCGGCUGAUGCCACAGCCGCUAUUCCUGCUGUUGUUGCUGUUCUUCAAAUGAUGCUUAUUCAGGUCUGAAUCUUGAGUCCCAGAUCUUCAGAUCUAUUUUCACCUCUGUCCUAUCAUCAAUACUCCGGCUCCGCAUACUCCCCUGGCUUAUGCAGGUGCAAGACAUAGUACACACUAGAUAGCAAUUCCCACACUCUGUCACCACAGCCAUAGCCAUAGAGACUAGCAACAUGCUACACCGUUAAAAACGUCACAUGAGCCUUACAAUAGAUCUCCCCGAUAUUUACGCCGUAUUUAAUGAGAAAGAUUACCCGCUCUCCCAAAGUUGCAGCGCUAUUUUCGGACGUUCCACCGUACAUUAUACUUAUGCGCAAGAUAGCCAAUCUGAGAGUUCCGCCUUGUUGUCGUAUUAUGCACCAUGUGUUUUGAACUUUUGGUGGCGAAUUGAGGUUAAUGCUAUGAAUAAUCAUGUAUGUAGAUACUUGGAAAUAUGUUCCCAGAAAAUUACGGCAUACUAGUGCCUUGCAGUAUUGUUGAGAUCAGUGUGCCAAUGCCAA